GAUACGCCUCUCACGCCAUUUCGCCCAACGCGCAUAACAAUCGUUCUCGUCGUGGAGUGCCGAUGGCCGUGCAAGCGCACAACCUCUCCAACGCUUUCGGCAGCCGAUGAGCCGUCGACGCUUUUUCUCCCCUCUCUACCGUAUGAGAAAGAUUGGUCUUUGCUGCUCCUCACACACUCCCUCCUGCUACAUAGCAGGGCAAGGCAGAGUACGCUCGAUGACCUGCAGAUGAUGCGAGGCUACCGCGAUCCCCUGCAAUUCCAGAGCAACCUUGACCAAGGGCACGCCGGCAAGCAGCACCUGAUGUUGAACAACGCCACGGUGUUCACCGAUCCGCAGAGUGAGCUCACGUGCAAUGCCUCCGGCUCCAGGAAGCGGGCGCGGGAGGAAUCCAUGCCGUCGCCUGUGCUCGCGCCUCAGUUCCGGGGCCCCAACUCAGCACCCGCUUCGCUGAACCCCGUCGGUGACAAGAACAUAUGCGGGGUUCUUCCCCAGUAUCGGCUGCUCGAGUCCUCUGCCACCUCCACCAGCGACCGGUUUGUUUCGGCUUCACAAGCCGUCUCCCCUCUCUUUCGUGAUCUCAUCUCCCUUAUCUACCAGCAGACCCUGGAAAUGGACGCCCUCGUCCGCCUGCAGAACGAAAGACUGCGGACCGGACUGGAGGAGGCACGAAAGAGAAACUGCCGAGUGUUCCUCUCGGCGAUGGAGCAGCAGGUCACGAAGCGAUUGAUGGAGAAGGAGGCCGAGUUGGAACGCGCCGUCCGGAGGAACGCGGAAUUGGAGGAGAAGGUGCGGCAGAUGAGCGAAGAGAACCAGAUCUGGUUCAGCAUGGCCAAGAACAACGAGGCCGUCGUGAGCAGCCUGAAAGCCAGCUUGGGGCACGCCCUCCUGCAGAACGCCGCCGUGGCAACCCGAGAAGGCUACGGCGAUAGCAAGUCGACGCCUCUCCCGGCCGACGACGCGCACUCGUGCUGCUUCGAGGUGGAAGAAGACGACACCCGGUGGCGGAUGACGUGCAGGGCGUGCCGGGGGACGGACGCCUGCUUCCUGCUUCUCCCCUGCAGGCACGUCAGCCUGUGCAAGGACUGCGAGCCGGAGGCGGACGCGUGUCCCGUCUGCGGCUCCGCUAAGAACGCCUGCAUCCAAGUCCGAUUUGGUUCGUCUUAGCCUGAGUCUCCGGUUCAUCCUCCGGUCGGACUAGUGAACCGGCGAUGGAGUCAUCAAUUAUGUCCAUAUCCUCUCUUGUGAUGUAAACGGAGGAAGAAGCCUUCUUUCAGAUGACGAGUCAAAGAAGGCGACCCGUCAGCGUAGUCGGUGAGCCUCAAACACAUGAAAAGCUUGAAUUCUUCUUCUUCUUCUUCGUUUCUGCAAUUGAACUGUGAAGAAGUGAAAGCUGAGGCCACGGCACGAUUCAAGUUGUCACAUGGAUUCUCUUGCUAAAUAUUCUCUCUUUUUUCUUCUUGGGGAAGGGCAGCUGACACGAUCUGAAUCUGAUAACAGCAUCCUGUGUCGAAGGAUCAGUCGACUUGCCCUGCUUUAUCCUUUGUAGCUUUUGGAAGUCUGGAGCUUUCUUUAAUCCCUCCUGUUAGCUCUCUGCCUGUAUGCGUUACUUGCACCAUCCCAUGGAAUUCUUCUUGCCAAUAAUUACUACGUGUAGAAGAGGUGGAGAUGUUUUGGGAGGAGGUGCCCCAGCAACUGGAGCUGCUGUCACGGUCUAAGUGUAGCUUUUGAUGAGGAGGCGUCGUUAGUGUGAUCCUGAGGUGAAGAGAUGCUGUGUGCUCACAUGUGCAGCAUAUUCCUUGCAAAACGUGAUGUUGCAGAUGGAAAAAUUGGAUGGGAGGAAGGAACAAGGAAAAGAAGAAAGAGUUUGUGAGGCUGUGAACUUUCAGCUUUCGAGGUGCUCCAUGAUGGUCUCUCGCACAGCACUUCUUUUUCUUGGAGUCUUAGUGGGGUAGAGAUCGCAGAGGAUUGCAGACAUGCACAGUGCAAUGGGCAUUCCCAAGGUAUGUGCGGUCCGCAAUUUAGAUCCAAUCUAAAACGAAGGCAGAACGACGAGAUCUUCUCGGCAUUAUGAGUCCACCUCACCUUGUCGUGUUGACUGGGCGAACAUGUUCCUCUCUUGCACGGUCAGGAUGCAGAAGCCGGACGGCAGUAGGGCCUGCUUAAAUGUGCAUGUCCUUUUACACGAACAUGACUCCUCCAUGGCCGCUCCACCAUCAAUCAUGCGAACGCUGCAUCAACAGCUGUUCACGUAUAUCCACAGUAAUUGCAGAUCUCCUUAGACCGAAGUGAGCGAUUCGGCACGCGUCGACGCUCCUGCAAGCAGACAACGGCAGUCUUGGCCCAAAAAAGAGAAGUCAUCGGGGUGUUUUCUUCUUCUUCUUCUUUUGAGAGAACUCUUGAUCACAAGUUGCUUUCAAGUAUUCCACCAUCAAUUACAGCUCGCCUUGUUCC